CCAAGCAGGCAUUUCGGUGGAGAAAAAUCUUGGACUUGUCCGUACAAACCACAGAAAACCGAUGUCAACUUUCAACAACUCCUUCAUUCCUCUUGACGACGACUCAGUCGAGUCAGUCCUGGUCCCUACAACCACUCUCAAUUUUGACGAUGAAGAUUCCCUCGGCUACGGUCACCACAUCCAGUCUCAGCGGUUCGGCUCACUCGGUGGUGAUUCCGACUCUGUGAAGGAUUCGGCAAUCGACGACGGGCCGAUUUUUUCCAGCAACAACAAUGGAUCAUCAUUCUCUGGCGUUGAUGGAAUUUUCAUUUCUACUUCGGAAAUCUAUGCUUCCGGCAGCGAGUUCGAGCCACUGGCAAACGGGGAGGAGUUUGGAGAAUCGAACGGUCCAAUUUUGCCUGCUCCGUCGGAGAUGGAGCGUGAGGAGCGGUACGCGCUCAGGGAAUGGAGGAGAGAGAAUGCAAUGCGAUUGGAGGAGAAGGAGAAAAGGGAAAAGGAGGUUCUGAGACAUAUAAUUGAAGAGGCAGAUGAAUACAAAGUCGAGUUCUACAGAAAGGGAGAGAUCAGGUGUGAGAAUAAUAAAAUUACUAACAGGGAAAGAGAGAAGGUGUUUGUGGCUAAUUUGGAGAAGUUCCAUGCUGAGGUGGAUAAAGAUUACUGGAAGGCAAUUGGACAGCUUAUCCCUAAUGAAGUGCCACCCAUAGAAAAGAAGAGAGGGAAGAAGGAUCAAGAUAAGAAGCCUUCAAUUACCGUGAUCCAAGGUCCAAAGCCUGGGAAGCCAGCUGACCUUUCAAGAAUGAGGCAUAUACUCUUGAAAUUGAAGCAUAACACACCAUCCCACCUUCAGCCUUCUCCCCCUUCACAGCGAGGUUCUGCAAGCAAUACUGAAACAGGAGGCACUGUUGUCACAGCAGCUGUAGCUGUAGCUGUAGCUGUAGCUUGAUAAGUAUGACUUUGACUACCAGUUCUUAUAUAUGUUAGAAGCUUAUAAGAUGGUAGAUUGUUGCUGAUGCGGAGUACCUCAUUGAACAUCUUUAGUUUGGAUUCUCAGAUGGUGACGAGAGAAUAUUUUUCCGGAUAUAUUAUAUGUAUAAAUAAAAUGAACCAAAACAUUUAAAACUAAUCCACCAAAUACCUGGUUGAUGCCCUUAGUUCUAGUCAUGAAUUACAUAUUUUGGGUUCUCUAUGCUGCAAAAGUAUUUUAGUAUUUAGUUAUACUCAGGUUGGAAAUGUUGGUGGCAAUGAAUGGUGUGUUGAAACUCGAUUCAUUCUGCAUAAGAUAUUUGUUUGAAGCCUGCUGGGUCAGCCCACA